UUUUGGUACACCUCUAAUUAUAAUACAAAUUACCACCAUAAUACGUGAUCAGGAAAUGAAAGAAAUAACGUCUUUAAUAUAUCUCAGCUGUUAUGAAUUAAAUUUUAUUGGAAAAUUCAUAUGUCAAAUUUGGCGUGUAUUUUUCGAUAAUCCACUGUCCAUGGUAUUGACAAAACUCGAAACAAUUCACGAAAAAUUGAUACGCCUAAAUGUGGGCGGGCUGAUGAAAAAGAAAAAUAUGAAUUGGAUUUCUAACGUUAUAAUUAUUGUAAAUUUUAUGGUAGUUAUCAUAAUUUUUAUAAUAUGGUUGAUAUUCCAUAAAAAUUCAUUUGAAAUAAAUGAAAUGGUCAUUAUAAUGGUUUUAAAUACUUGCAAAUGCGUUGUUUCUUAUGAAUAUAUACUACUAAUAUCAUACAUAAAGUGGUUGGUCUACAUCAUAAAUGAACAAAUUCCGGAAAGAAGAUCUUGUUUAAGUACCUACAGAGACAUGUAUUUGGAAGUUAUAGAAUGCUUACAUCAAGUCAAUAAAUCAAUAUAUGGUGUGCCGGCCAUUGCUGUUUUUAUUGCAGUAAAUGUCGCUGAUAUCAUUCGUAUUAUAUACAGCGAUAUACUAUUCCCUAGAAACUACUGCAUUGAUCCUUUUUUUGUAUUUUCUUUCAUGUUCUUGUUGACGAGAAUAGUCAAUAUUCUAACCUUAUACAUGAUUGGUGACUCUACGGAAAAAGAGGUAAAUCGGAUGAGUCUUGUCUUACAUCAACGAUUCGUAAUAGAAAGAAACCCUAGAAUUAAACGUCAGAUCAAGUUUUUUUUACUACGCAGAUUACACGAACACUACCAUUUUAAGGUGUAUGGAAUGUGUCAUAUUAAGAUAAGUCAACUAUUUAGUUUAUCAAGCAAAGCAAUUGGUUUUUUAGUAAUUCAAAUUUUGUUCAAAUUGAAUAAAUAAUAAACAGAAUGAGUUAAAUUUUAUAAGGUUUGAUCUAUUUAUCGUAAGAUAUUAUCAUUUAUAAGUUAGCUUGUAUGUACUAAUGUUUAUUCUAGUAAAUUUAAUUUUUUUCGUAAGUUGUAAGUGAUUGACUACUCCUACUCAUUCAAUGUUUGAGUUUACGUAUUAAAAUAAUAUUAUCGUUAAUCUUUUCAAGAUAUUCAGUAUUUAUUGUUAAAUGAACUAGCUACUAUCUUUGUUAUGUAUAAAUAGAGCGAUAUUCUAACCUUAUACAUGUUUGGUGACACCACGGAAAAAGAGGUUUUUAUUAUUAUAUUAUAUUAUAUUAUGAUAUUAAUACAUAUUAUAAUAUGAAAGAAUUUAAAAAUUCAACGUUGUGCUUAGUAAGUUAUUAGGAUGUUCGACUUAUUUUAAAUUUGAUUUUACGUAAUACCAUAAUAUAAUCGUUUAUCUUAUCAAGAUAUUCAGUAUUUACUGUUAAUAUAACUACCAUGCAGUGCUUGAAACCGAUUGAAAAAAAAUUUCUGUUCUGGGUUCAAUUUUGUAUACCAGUUUUUUAUUUUUUUCGAUUUUGGUUUCAAUUUUCAAUACCUGUAUUAGAAAAUUUUGGUCUUGUUUCCGAUUUUGUAUACCAGUUUCCAAUUUUUUACGUCAUUAUUUUUCAUUUUGUUUUCGGUUUCAGUUUUUAAACGAUUUCUAAAAUCAGUUUCAAGGCCUGGACUAUUUAGUUUCGAAAUAAUCAUUCUUGGUUAAUUUUUUUUUUAAUCGCCGGAUCGAGCGUUCUAAUCGCUUUUUGUUUUAAAGUUCGCUUUCCAAAAUGUCAAGGUACAAAGAUUUUCAAAAGAAAACCGUUUUUUAAAUUAUAUUUUCGGUUUCGGUUUUUAAUUAUACUACCGGUAGGUAUCCAAUUUUUUCAGGUUUGGGUUUUGAAGUUAAUACCGGUUUCCAAUUUCACUCAGUUUCGGUUUUGAUUUUGUUUUCGGUUUCGGUUUUAUACCAAUUAAUACUGGUUUAUAUACUUAAGACCCAAAAUGAUAAUGUGGGUCAAGCUUUGCUCGUACGCUAUUGUAUCAGUAUAAGUAUUAGAUUUAGAGCAAAAAC